AUGGCGCCAAAGAAAAACAUUCUGCUCGUCAUAGCAGACGACAUGGGCAAAUCCCUUGGCUGCUACGGCGAUUCUACAAUAUCAACGCCCAACAUUGACCAGCUAGCCUCUGAAGGCACGCUGUUUGACAAUGCCUUUGCCAGUACAGCAUCUUGCAGCGGAAGCCGAUCGGUCAUCUAUACCGGUCUCCAUACGCAUCAAAACGGGCAAUACGGCCUGGAGCACUCCAACCACCAUUUCAUGACCUUUGAUUCCAUCGACACUGCUCCCAAGCUCUUCAAUGAUCUUGGGUAUCAAACCGGCAUUAUUGGAAAAAUCCAUGUCGGUCCCAACCAUGUGUAUCCGUGGGAGGUGCGGAGAGAAAGCCCAACCCGAGACGUUUCUUGGGUUGCCGAGCAGGCUGAUUUGUUCUUUCAAUCAGCAAAGGAUGACCCCAGGCCAUUCCUUCUGACGGUGGGAUUCAUGGAUCCUCAUCGGGACUCGACUCGUGGUGGAUUUGGUAAUGGUGACGAGAGCGUAUCUGCUCCGGACGCGACCUACGAUCCUGCAAAGAUUACGGUUCCCAGCUUUCUCAAUGACAUUGCCGAAGUUCGCCAGGAAAUGGCUGAGUACUACCGGUCUGUUGGCCGAGUUGAUCGGGGAUUUGGCUCAAUCAUGGAGGCCUUGAAAAAGGCUGGCUUCAUCAAUGACACGCUUGUUGUUUUGACGAGCGACAAUGGCCCGCCGUUUCUCAAUUCAAAGACGACCCUUUACGACGCAGGUGUAAGACUACCUUUGAUUAUACGGAACCCUCAAGGGAAACCUGGCCUAAAGAAUCCAAAUAUUAUUUCUUUCAUCGACCUCCUACCGACAUUCCUCGACUGGGCAGGACAUGAUUCUGCUACACCCUCUGCCUCGGCCUCUCCACCUCGGCUCGGUCGCUCCAUUCUUCCAAUCAUUGAUGAAACUAAUACACACGACGACUGGACAAAAGUGUUUGGGUCCCAUACUUUUCACGAGGUCACAAACUAUUAUCCAACACGAUUCAUGCGCACAUCGCGCUACAAAUACCAUCGCAACAUAGCAUGGAAGCUCGACUUCCCCUUCUCAACCGAUCUCUACGCCUCCUUGUCGUGGGAAGGAAUCCGCAAUUCCCAGUUUCCAGUGAAAGUUGGAGAGCGCUCUCUGGAAGCAUACGUCCGACGGCCUCCGGAGGAGCUGUAUGACAUGCAAGAAGACCAGAGAGAAGUGGUGAACCUGGCGGAUCGUCCGGAAUACAGAGAUCUUCUGCUAGGAUUCCGAAAAGAGCUCGAAGACUGGCAGCGAGCGACAAAGGACGCAUGGCUGGUACGGGACGGAGUGUCAUUGUCGGAGAUGCAGGGACACAUUGAUGCAGGGUUGAAGAUUCCAGAUCGAUUUGACUUUGACUUGGCGGCGCCAGGAAAUACGCAGUCAUAA